AGCGUGGACGCCAUGAUAAACCUGGCACACAUUAGAAAUCGAAUGAGAACAUAAGAAAGACAUAACAGAAUUCUCGUAAGGUGCCUUCUUGACUUAAAAAGUUUGUUCCUGUUUGACAUCCUUAUCUUAAUUUCGGAGUGUAGUGGGGGAGCUUUGAAGAAAGUUGGAGGAAGGAGACUGAAGAGAGUUUACCGCCAUGUCUUCAGCUUCUGCCCAUGUUGAUUCCAAAGCAGAGCUGUCCUCCUUGCUGGAGACCUGGGAAAAGGAGCAACAUGGCAACGUGCAGGAUAUAAUACCAAUUCUUGCAAAAAUUUCUGAGUUGAUAGAAAAGGAAACUGAAGAAUAUCAUAAGGGUGAUCCUGAUCCGUUUGAUGACCGGCAUCCAGGUCGCGCAGACCCUGAAUGUAUGCUAGGCCAUCUAUUGAAAAUUCUUUUCAAGAAUGAAGACUUUAUGAGUGCACUUAUAAAUACAUAUGUAAUGACAAGCAGAGUUGUCUCUCUGAACACAGCUGCUUGUCGCCUCCUACAGAAUAUAAUGCCUGGGCUUGAAGCUUCUGUUGUCUUUCAAGAAAAGGAGGGAAUUGUUGAAAAACUUUUUAAAUGGGCACGAGAAGCAGAACAGCCUUUGAGAACUUAUGCCACAGGGCUACUAGCUGGAGCUAUGGAGAAUCAAGAUAUAGCAACCAACUGCAGGGAAGAGAACUUACUGUUGGUCCCGCUUAUGCUACAGCGAUUACGAGAACUUCAGGAGAGAGACAUGGAAUGCAAGCAAGAGUUCAAACGUCCAAGCCCCAGAAAGAUGCUUGGUGAACCCUUGCUUCCUUUGGAUGAAGAAGCUGUAGAUAUUGGUUUUGGAGAACCAUCACUGAUUGAAAACAAGGAAGACCCCGAAGAACAUGAUGUGUCAUUUCAUCUUAAUUCUACUCAUCAAACUAGCAGCAGAGUCAAUUCAGCCAAUAAAACCGCUCAUGACGAAAGUGAUGGCAAAAAAGAGAAAAUAGAAAAAAAAUUUGAGAAAGAUGGAGUAAGGAAAGCAAAACAGAAACUGAACUUUUCUCUGCCAGAGCCUGACAGGGUGUUUAAUGAAUUGUCUAAUAGCAGCUGGUCUGAAAUGUCUCCGUGGGUUAUUGGUACGAACUAUCACCUUUAUCCUUUAACUCCUGCUAUAGAGCAGAGGUUUAUUCUCCAGUAUCUCACGCCAUUGGGCGAGUACCAAGAGUUGCUAGCUGUAUUUAUGCAACUUGGUGCUCGGGAGCUGUUAAUGUAUUAUAUUGAUCUAAAACAAACCAAUGAUGUCCAGCUUACCUUUGAAGCAUUAAAGUAUCUAGCCUCCCUUCUGCUCCAUAAGAAGUUUGCUGCAGAAUUUGUGGCACAUGGUGGAGUUCAGAAACUACUGGAAGUUCCUCGCCCUUCAAUGGCAGCUACUGGUGUAUCUUUGUGUCUGUACUAUUUAGCGUAUAACCAGGAUGCAAUGGAGAGGGUUUGCAUGCUUCCUCACAGCAUAUUGGCAGAUGUGGUUGGCUACACCCUAUGGUUAUUGGAAUGCUCACAUGACUCUGGUGGCUGUCAUGCUACCAUGUUCUUUUCCAUUUCCUUUGCUUUUCGUGCUGUCCUUGAACUGUUCGACAAACAAGAUGGCCUUCGACGCCUCGUGAAUUUGAUAAGUACUCUGGAAAUCUUGAAUUUAGAGGAUCAAGGUGCAUUACUAAGUGACGAUGAGAUCUUCUCUAGUCGGCAGACAGCUAAGCACACCUGCAUGGCCCUUAGAAGGUAUUUUGAAGCACAUUUGGCUGUUAAAGUAGAACAUGUUAAACAAACUCUACAGAGAACUGAAGGUGGAGCACCAAUUCAUCCUCAGCCUCACUAUAAGGCCUGUUCUUAUACACGGGAACAAGUUGUAGAAAUGAUGGAAUUUCUGAUCGAAUAUGGUCCAGCUCGUCUUUGCUGGGAGCCAGCUGAAGUAUUCCACAAACUUUCCUGUAUCCAGCUUAUGCUUCAGUUAAUUUCUAUAUCUUGUGACUGGAGAACAUAUUACGGACGGAGUGAUACUGUACGAUAUGCUCUUGAUGUACUUGCCAUCCUUACAGUAGUGCCCAAAACACAGUUCCUGUUAGCUGAACCUGUGGAUUUACUAGAUGAAAAUGGGUCAACUGUUUCAACAGUUGGAAUGAGUAUAAUCCUUGGAGUUGCAGAAGGAGAAGUAUUUGUGAAUGAUGCAGAAAUCCAGAAAUCAGCUCUUCAGGUUAUUAUUAAUUGUGUAUGUGCUCCAGAUAAACGCAUAUCAAGUAUUGGAAAGUUAGUUUUGGAUACUCCUAGGCGCAGACCUCACCAAAAUCCAAAAUGCUGUGAGAAUGUCCUGACCAAAAUGUGGAAUGUAGUUCAGUCCAACAAUGGCAUCAAAGUUCUUCUUUCUUUGCUAACUGUUAAGAUGCCAAUCACUGAUGCUGAUCAGAUUCGAGCUCUUGCCUGCAAAGCUUUGGUUGGACUGUCUCGGAGUAGUACUGUGAAACAAAUUAUUAGUAAGCUGCCACUCUUCAGCAGUGGUCAAAUACAGCAACUCAUGAGGGAACCUGUUCUACAGGACAAAAGGAAUGAGCAUGUGAAAUUUUGCAAAUAUGCAGCAGAAUUGAUCGAGAGAGUUUCUGGAAAGCCAUUGCUAAUUGGCACUGAUGUUUCACUUGCUCGACUUCAGAAGGCAGAUGUAGUAGCACAAUCACGUAUUUCAUUUUCUGAAAAGGAACUUCUGUUGCUAAUUAGAAAUCACCUUGUCUCCAAGGGACUGCAUGACACUGCUGCAGCACUUACCAAAGAAGCUGAUCUCCCCAUGGCUUUAGUUUCUCAUUCCUCUUCUGCCUUUCUUCCUGUUGCAAGUUCUACUGCUUCUGUUGUACUUCCACGUACGCCUCGCCUGGCAAAUGGAGUCUCCCCCAGGAUAAGCAAUCACCCAUCUAUAUCCAAUGCUCCAUCUACUAGCCUUGGACAAGUCAGACCAUCAACUUCUCAGGUUCAACCGACUGUUUUGUUCCCACAGGCUAAUGGGUCUCCACUGAUUGGCAAAAUAUGCUUUACCAGGGAAAGGCCAUCUCCUUGCAAUGGCAAAAAACUCAGAAUCAUGCGACAAAAGUCUGAUCAUGGAGCUUACAAUCAGAGUCCAGCAAUGAAAAAGCAGUUAGAUCGACAUCUUCCAUCUCCUCCUACUUUGGACAGUAUCAUCACAGAGUACCUGAGAGAGCAACAUGCUCGUUGUAAGAACCCAGUGACAACGUGCCCCCCAUUCUCUCUUUUUACCCCGCACCAGUGCCCUGAGCCCAAGCAGAGAUGCCAGGCUCCAACUAACUUUACUUCUCGUCUCACACGUAGGGUUAUUUUUCCCAAGUAUGGUGGUGUGGAUGGCGGUUGCUUCAAUAGACAACUUGUUUUCAGCAGGUUUCGUCCAAUCUCUGUCUUUCGGGAGGCCGAUGAGGAUGAGAGUGGUUUUGUGUGUUGUGCAUUUUCAGCAAGAGAACGAUUUUUAAUGUUGGGAACAUGCAAUGGACAAUUGAAACUGUAUAAUGUCUUCACUGGUCAAGAAGAAGCCAGUUACAACUGUCAUAGUACUGCGAUCUCACACCUUGAACCAUCUAGAGAUGGGUCGUUGCUGUUAACCUCAACCAACUGGCGAUUACCCCAUUCAGCCCUUUGGGGCAUGAAAUCGGUUUUUGACAUGAAGCACUCAUUUGUAGAAGAUCGUUAUGUAGAGUUUAGUAAACUUUCACAAGACCGAGUAAUUGGAACAAAAGACGAUAUUGCACAUAUUUAUGAUAUCCAGACUGGACAGAAUAUCCUUACACUUUACAACCCUGAUCUUUCAAACAAUUACAAAAGGAACUGUGCCACCUUUAACCCCACUGAUGAUUUGGUAUUAAAUGAUGGAGUACUUUGGGAUGUUCGUGAUUCUCAGGCCAUUCACAAGUUUGAUAAAUUCAAUAUGAACAUCAGUGGAGUAUUUCACCCAAAUGGAUUGGAGAUAAUAAUUAAUACUGAAAUUUGGGAUAUGAGGACUUUUCACCUCCUACACACAGUUCCUGCUUUAGACCAGUGCAGGAUUGUCUUCAAUAAUAAUGGAACUGUUAUUUAUGGAGCAAUGCUGCAGGCUGAUGAUGAAGAUGACAUGAUUGAAGAGCGAAUGAAAAGUCCAUUUGGUUCCUCUUUUAGAACUUUUGAUGCCACAGAUUAUAAACCUAUAGCAACCAUUGAUGUAAAAAGAAAUAUAUUUGACUUGUGCACCGACACCAAAGAUUGUUACUUGGCUGUUAUUGAGAAUCAGGACUCCCUAAACAUUGACACUGUGUGUCGCCUCUAUGAAGUAGGUAGACAGAGGCUUGCAGAAGAGGAAGAAGAAGAUGAUGAUCAGGAAGAUGAGGAUCAAGAUGAUGACGACGAUGAUGAAGAUGAUUCUGACGAUGACCUUGAUGACUUGGAUACAGAAGCCUUGUUACCUGAGAUAGAUGAGAAUGAAAAUGGAGAUGAGGAAGAUGGAGAACAUGACUUUUCUCCAUCAGAUGAUGAAGAGGUAUCCCGUCUAUUGCAGAGAGAAGCUGGUGAAGAGGAGGAGGAUGAUGAAGAGGAUGACGACGACGACGAUGAUGAUGAUUCUGAUGAUGCUGAGGAAGAUGCUGAACUUAUUUUAGAAACAUCUGAUGCAGACAGUUCAGAUGAUAACAGUGAUUCAGAAGAUGAUAUCAUUUUGUCUCUAAAUGAGUGAAGAAGCAGAAGGCAGUCGACAAGGAGAUUCACACCAGAAGCCUUGCAAAUAGUAAUAAGAUUCCUGAAGAAACUUAGAUAAUGAAUUAACGUUCAUUUCUCAAAGUUGGACAAUUUACAGUUCUGUAAGCCCCAGGAGUCUCUGAGUCUCGAGGGCCCUUUAAAUCUUUCAGGAUAUGGUGGAGCACCUGGUGCUUAGAUGCUUAAAGUUUUCCAAACUGUGGUUAAAGGGCAAGAGAUUUGUAUUAUAGAAUUUUGUAAAGAGUAUGAUAGUUUUAUAUAAAAUAUGUAUAACGUUUGGAAGCUUGGAAAAUUUACUAAAAUUGAAUGCACAAACCAUUUUGACCCAUGGAGUUUUUCACUUGUACAGGCGCUAUUUUCAAAAGAAGUAUAACACAGGAAGGCUAAGCCUAAUUUAACAGUAUAUGAAAAAAGUGGCUUAAUUAUUUUUGUUUGGCAGGCUCUGUUGAAUGAAUGUGAAUUUUAUAUAGAAUUUAAAUAUAAUUCUCCAGUAGGAUGACCAUAAACCCAGUGUGAAACAGUGCUGCUGUAAUUGUUUUGUGCCUACACUUUUAAGUUUUCAUCAUUCUAUGCCUCAGAACCUUGUAGGUAAUACAAU